AUGACAGCAACCGCAAAUCACAGUUACAGCGAGAAACUGGAAUUCACUAUGAUCUGGAAAACACCUGCGACGCAGAAGGCAAAAACUACUGCAUGGAGAGUACUCAAAGGGAGGAUGGCAACUUGUGAUAAUCUCCAGCGCCGACAGGUGAACGUCUCAAGCUCGGAAGCAGUUUGUGUUUUAUGUAAGACGCAUUUGGAAACCACAGAACACCUGUUCUUUACUUGCCAAAAUUCUGUUGAUAUUUGGAACGAUGUUCUCAAUUGGCUCGGUAAGAAGGCGGUUCUUCACCACAAGGCUAAAGAUCAUUUUCUUGCUUUUAGAAGCAUCGAGGAUAAAGAGGAGGAAAAGAACGAAGGGAAGUUUAAUCAAGGAGUGUGGAACAAAGAUAGAAUUGUGACAGAGAUCAAAUCUAGACUUUGGGGAUGGAAUGAGGCUUUUAAUUUGACGAAUGCGGCCCCAGAUUUCAGAUCUUGGUUCAUCAACGCUGAGAGCUAG